AUGAGACUUUAGUUUUAUAUUCCCGAACAAUGUGAACGCAGUUACAAAAAAAAAAAGAAAACAGCAACGGUAUUGACUUGAUUUUGUGUUUUAUUUUUGAAAAACUUUUAAUUUAGUUGUGAAGAAAAGACAAAAAAUUUGAAGAGCAGACGAAGAGCGAGACAUCCAUAAUGUUGCCCAAGAGUCCGCGUAUACGGAGAAACGAGCUGCUCGCCAGGCGGACCGAUGAGUCGCCCAGUUCCAGGAAGGGUUCUCCCAGGGCGCCCUACAACAAGGCGCUGAUUGGAGCCCAAAUAAAGAAACGUCGCAGCCAGGGCUACAAGAAGAAGCUACAGAGCAUGGAAGGCAAGGACAAUGUGGAGCUGUUGAAGUUACCCAGGGCUAUAAUGCUGACACCUUCUUCGUCGGACAACUCACUGAGCACCAGUUUGUCCAGGUCGGGAGUGCCUAUAUACAAGGUGCAACCGAAGGCAGAACAGCUGAAGGAGGAGAAGAAAAAGCCGGAGGUAAAGGAGUCGGAAACACUGCCCGUUACACUGCCUCCAUAUCUGACGCUGAAGCGUCAACAAACGGCAGCCAUGUUGAACUAUCGGGCACGCAAGUCCGUAUCCCAAAUGGAUUUCAAGGAGGCACGGCGUACGGGCAACUAUCAACUGGUUGCACAUGUGCCCACCUCCAAUGCACUUGUGUCGACCCGGCCCGACCAGCAGGCGGGUCAGAUGACCAUAAAGAAUGACGACCUGACCCAACUGCUGCUUCAGGGCACGUCGCAGCUGUGCAACACACGAUUUGUGGUCAACGGCGAUCAGGACCUGCGCAUUGCUAGUCUGCGCAUCUUCAAUACCAUCAUGUUGCGCUCCUGGCGGCGCAGGCGACAGGAAGUCCGUCAUCUGAGCGAACAGGUCGAGGACUUCAAGCGCAAUUUUGUGAAGAACCGCAAUCAGCUGCAUGUGUACAACACGCUGUUCGCUGUAGAGAAGCGUCGCAAUGAGACCCUGAACGAUCAGCUAAGGCAGUCCUAUAUGGACAGUGCCAAGACAAAGUUGUCCUACAACGAGCUGACAAUACUGCUCAGCCAAACCAAUGAGGAGAAGCAACAGUUGGCCAAGGACAACGCGUUCAAGGCACAGGAAAUCGAGAAUCUGCAAGAGCUGCUACAGUCAACCAAAAAGGAACUCUUUGUGGCCAAUACGCUGCAACGGGAGCAACUGGAGCAGCUGGCACGCGUUCAACUCGAAUGCCAGAGUGCCAAGUUCGAUAUCGAGGAGCUGACCAGCCAGCUGCAAUCGCUGCGACUCGAGCUAGCCGAAAAGCAGGAAUAUGUGGACAAGCUGCGCGAUGAUAUUGCUCUUAUUGCAGAGCAGCUGAAGCUGUGCAACACGAGCCUGGUGGAGUACAAGUGCGAAACUGAGCUGCAUAUCAGCAAAUUGAUGAAGCACGCUGAGGACCUCGAGAGAGAUAUUAAAGAGAAGGAGGAGCAGGUGCAGACGCUGCAAAACUGUCUCGCCGCCACGGUGGGUCAGCGCAUUCGCCAGUGUUUCUCGCAGAGCCAACCCUACCAACAUGCCACCUUUCGACUGAUGCACCUCGUCGCCUGUUGCAUGCUACCUGGCACGCCUCCGCCUGCUCUACCCAUGGGUUCCAUACCAAGUGCCGUCAAAAAGCUGCGUUGCCUCUUGUCCGGUGGUUCGAACGAGCCACAUGAAGUCAACGCAGACCUAGAAGACAAAAAAUAAUAUUACAUCUGUAGUCGAUGAGUAUAUUUAUCGCUUGAUUGAAAUUUUAGUAGCCAUACUCGUUUUCACCUUGAUAAUUAAUGUUCACUUUUUAAUGUUCUUUUAAAUUUAAUUUUUUAUUUAGUAGCGGA